GCUCCCCCAUCUGCCAUGCGUUUAUAUGCCGUGUAUCCAGUAAUACUGAAGCUCAUUACUGUAAUGAGCUGCACAGCAUGCAACACUGCAGAGUAUGAAAUUCAUGGAGAAUGCUGUCCAAUGUGUGCUCCUGGUCACCAUGUGCUUAAACACUGCAACAGUCAGUUAGGCACACAGUGUAAAACGUGCACUGGAUCAACCUACACUGAUGCCCCGAAUGGACUGACGGCAUGUCUUCCCUGUGCUGUGUGUGAUGAAGGUAAUGGAUUACAUGUAAAACAUAAGUGUUCGUACACUUCAGAUGCACACUGUGAGCCUAUGACAGGAUAUUAUUGUAUAGAAACUCAGGGUGAGAGCUGCAGAAAAGCCCAAGAGCACACCACCUGCCUUCCUGGGCAAUACACCUACCAGAAUGGAACAUCAUUGAUGGAUACAGUGUGUAAGGACUGCUCAGAGGAGACAUAUUCAGAUGGUUCAUUUAUGCACUGCAAACCACAUACAAAAUGUGAGUCUUUGGGGCAGAUAACAAUCACACAGGGAACACAGUCAAGUGAUGCAGUGUGCAGUCAUAAACCGUCACAUCUGGGCCUCAUCAUUGGGAUUUUGGUGCCAUCUCUAUUGGUGCUGGUCAUCUUGCUUAUCGUUUUAUUUUGGGUAAAAAAUAUGAAAAAUUCAUCAUUUUACCUGUGAAUAAACAUUUUAUAU